CUCCAACUUGCAACACAAAAGGUUUGUUGAUUGGUUGGUUCAUUCUCUGGGAUCUGUGAAGACAUGAAGGUACUUCAUAUCAAGAUAUAUACCUAAAUAUAAACUGUUUCCCCCCCAAGAAUCGAAUUUUUUCUUUCCGAUCAUGCACGAUUCCCAAUCUUCAACGCCAUCUCCACAUGCUUCCAUUCCAACGGCACACGCCCAUGCUUCGACAGUAACUUCAGUCUUGACAACAUUCUUGAUCUGUCGCCCGCUCAUAUCCAUCUUCACCAGUCUCUACAAGUCUCCUCGCUCAGGUGGCUUUCUAUUGCACCCAUCUGAGUACACGUCUUCCACACAUAUAGCCGACUCCCCGUAUCCAGGGCCGGUUAGAUUGUGAGGAAGGGGCGGGGGUUCUCACCAGAGACCAACGAUUACGUUGUGAUCGGCGGUCCAAUGAACUUCGAGGAAUAUAUCGCAUGCCUUUAGAA